CUUUUCUUGGCCUUCGAUACAUACAAACAACAUGGCCGAACAAGUCUGGAACGAGAGCUGAGGACAAACAAGGGUCAUGUGACUGAUAUAGUAGCGUUUGAUUGGAUGUUGCUGAAUUAAACAAAGAUGUCAUAUAGGGCCAGACGGCGGUGGAGCGACUCACCUUCUCUUCUAGAUAUUUCUGGGCCCCCGGCCCAGCUCCAGUCUCGGUACAGCCAACUUCCUAACAUCAAUACUCCACGAGUGCAAGAGGGCCAGCUUGUCCCCCUCCAAGGUCGUAAGACCAGUCCAGGGUAUAUUGACUAUGAAGGGGACGAUCGUUUUAGACAGAUGGAAGUACGGCUCUCAGUGGCAGAGAAGUCAAACCGAGCACUCCUGGAGGAGGUUUUACGGUUACAAGGGGACAUCAAAUCAUCCACACGCAGGAAUGAAGACAUUCUCAGGGAUGAGAGAAACUCCAGACAGAAUCUGGAGUCAGCGAUUAAAAUUAGCAAUGAACUUAUAUCUCAGCUUGGAACACGAAUUAAAGAUGCAGAGGAAAAACUUCAAGAUGAAAAGUCAGCGUUAUCUUCCCUUGUCAAUCACACAAAAGGAGUGGAACAAGCUGUGAAGAGCAGUCAGAAUGAACUUCUUACUAAGAGAGAUAUUCAGGGAUCCAAACUUUCAGAAAUGCGUGUUGACCUUGAAGAGGUUUUACAAGCCAAGUCCCAGCUAGAACGAGUUGCCUUUCAGCUGGCUGAUGACCUCCGAACAUUAAAAAUCAAGGUGGAUUCACAAGCCGCCGACUUUAAUGCAGUGUCAGGGGAUUUAAAAAACAAGUCCAAGAAGUUGGAGGAUGAGAACCGAGCUCAGCUGGAUGCCCUCAGAAAGCAUACCUCUAACCAGUCCCAGUCAGAGCAGCAGGCUACACUCCUGAGAGGACAGGUGGAAACCAGAUUAACAGAGCUACGGGAUGUACUGGUUGACGUACGAACAAAACAGGAAAAUGAAGUUUCUGAACGACGUGGACUUGAACAAAGUAUGCAACAAAAAAUCAACGAGCUACAGCAGUCGCUGGCGGAGGCGAACCGUAAACGAGACGAGACUGUCCACUCCAUGGACAUGGUGCUACGCGAGCGGGAACAUGCUACACAAGCUGACCGGCUAUCCUUGACAACCAAGGUCGCGGACACUGUGGAGGACCUCAACAAGAAACUGAUGGAAAAGGAUAUCAAAAUCCGAGGGGAGGUCCAGGACAGGUACCUCCAGCUGGAGCGGGUCCUACAGCAGGACCAGGGCACAAGACGAGAGUAUGAGCGGGCUACACGGGACGAGUUGGAAAAGAGGCUUGGCACGCUGAAGAAGGUCCAAGAUGAACAGGCUGUCGAGAUCAAAGACCUCAUGAAGACUGAGAAAGGAAAGACAAAAAACACUCUUGGCAAAUUAGACGACUCAAUUACCAUUCUUGAGAAACAGGUGCUAGAAACGAAAAAGUCGUUUGAGAAGGUGAUGGCAGCGGAGAUAAGUCAAAGGAAAAUACAUGAAAGAGACACAGCAGAAAAAAUAGGCAGUGUCAACGAAAAGCUGCAGAUAGCGACCUCUACUCUGCAGCAGUCUAUAGGGGGGAUAACUCAUACUGCCAACAACCAGCAUGAAAAACUUCGCCGUGAAAUGCGUACAUUGUUGGCUGAACAGAAGGAGGGAACGACGAGGAGUCUCACUGACCUAGAUGCUAGGAUGAACUACUCAAAAAAUCGAAUGAAUGAUUUGGAAGAGAAACUGGAAGCUAAAAUGGCCGCUGCAUCGCAAAAUCUGGCCGAGAGUCUACGAGAGAAAGUGGAUACAAUUUCAGCCUGGCAGGAACAAACAUCACAGACAGUGAAGGAGCUGAGUCUAGGUGUACAACGACUUCCUGAGGAGAUAUACAGUGUACAGGAGAAACAAACGCUUAUGAAGUCAGAGAUGAAUUCCAGAAUGACCGCAGAAGCAGACGCAAGGAUUAGGGAAAUAGAAAACCUGAAGCAGGAGGUACAGAUGCUGAAGAUGAAACGAGAGCCUAAGGCUGCGACCAUCUCCGACAUAGAAAACGUACAGGCUAGUGUUCGUCGUCUGGCAGACUCUAUCCAAACCGUUAAGACAGUCCUUGGCAUGAAGAUACAGUCAGAACAAAAACUGCGUACAGACGAUGUUCAGAAGUUACAGGAGGAGAUUGCAAUUUUAAGGACAGCCAUUGAGCCGCUUGUUAAGAAGCCUCUGCCGCGCUCCUUUGUGAAGGACUCGGCUAGGGGCAGUAGAGCUGACAGUACUCCUGAGGUUAAUAAGUGGAGCGUACCCAACGCCUACAAAUGGUCUGUGUGGAAAGCAAAAUGGAUGUAUCUCUUGUGGCAAAUUCGUGCUAGGAAAAAGAACUCUAGUCUUGGGCUUGAUCGUUCCAAGAAUUCUCGACCUUCUUCCAACACAUCGAAGAGGUCUAAUACAGGGGAGACAACCUCUUGGAAUUAAGUUCCUUUGUUCUCAGUGGAAUUAUAUUGACUUUAAGACAACUUACUAAAGCAAUUUUUACUACAAGACAUUACAGUGCUUUUUAUUUUUAAUCAAGCCUUUCGUCAGUUGUAGAACUUUCGACAACAUGAGAUUUAGAUAACACACUGGUAAAUACCCUGGAGUCAGUGUUGCUCUACUAUGAUUACAAUAUUUUAAGAAAUUUUCUUGGAAAGGGAAUAUUCUGAGAAAAUGAGUUCAUUUUUUUGUAUAGCAACAAUGCCAUGAAUAUCAAAUAUAAGUUGUCUUUUAUAUAAUGUAAUGUAAGCAUAUUUAGUGCUAAUCCAUAUACUCUGUCACACCAGGAGAACUUAGCGUUUUAGAGAAGUCUGUUAUUUACCAUUUAAUUGAUUUGUAAUUUUUUCUAAUCUUAGUAUUCUCCGCAAGUUGAGCUCAGUAUAUUUAAUUAGAUGCAUUCAUUACUGCUUAAUAUUUUUGAUAUUUAUUGGGAACUAGGGGUCAGUAACAUUUCUGUUUUCUCAAAAUAUGAUCACUGUAGAAGUAUAUCUAAAUAUUAUUUUAUUUCUUAAAGUGGUAUCCAAAUUUCAAAUCUAGUCCUUAGCUCUUUGUGCAGAUGCUUGUAAACUUUCUUAAGAUUUACAUGUUUAUGUCCAUGCAUAUCCCUGUUUUAUUUACCAUCACCAAAUAGAUUAAUAUUUUGGCACUGUAUAUUACUUUAUUUCGACAUUCUCCUUGAAACUGAUUGAAAAGAGAAAUAUCUGUUAUUUAUUUACUCUAUUUUUUGACAUGCUUGGCCUAAUCAAUGAAUUUUUAAAACAAGAAAAAUGUGUCACUUGCUAUAAUAGUAAGCAUUAGACCAUUUUUAGUAUGUAUUUAUAUAACUUUUUCAAGUCAUUCACAAUCUGACAUUCUUCCCCUUAUUUUUGUGAUUUUACUUACUGUGCAGAAAUUCCAGUAGGAACUAAUACAUCAAAAACCAUUUCGAAAUGAACUUGUUUUUAUUCAAAUCUCUGCAUUAAAUUUUUAGUAUUUUUAGUUCCAGCUUAGACCACCUAUUUAGAAAAUAGUAUUGAGAUAUUUAUCUGUUAUUUUCUCCUUUUUUCUCCUCCUAGUUAUAAUGACAUUACUACACUUUCUGACGCAGUAUGACCUUGUAUAUUUUGGAGUCACCUAGCUCCAAUUCACCUAUCAGUCACACCAAAAGUUUGAUUUAAUUAGUUGUAGAGGAGACCAAUAAAAUGUAAUAGUGGUAGAUAAUUUUUGAAGAAAUAUUGUAUAACCUUUAGUUGAAUAAGGAAUUUAUUUACUCCGUCCAACCAUAUUUGUUUUUACUUGGAGCUGUGAUUUUUGUCCAUGUCUUGUUUUAACCAAAGCUAUAUUGUGAUAUAUGAUAAACCAUGUCUGACUUCCAUUGUGUAUGUGUGGAUGGCUCAAAUUUGGGGAGGCCAUAGUGUGUGUGGAAAAGUGGAUAAGUGCCGACGAUGUGGAUAAGUGCCGACCCGACGUUGUGGAUAAGUGCCGACGACAUGGAUAAGUCCCGACCCGGCGAUGUGGAUAAGUGCCGACGAUGUGGAUAAGUGCCGACGACGUGGAUAAGUGCCGACCCGACGGACGACGUGGAUAAGUGCCGACCCGACGACGUGGAUAAGUGCCGACCCGACGACGUGGAUAAGUGCCGGUGUGGAUGGAUGUUUAUGCUGUGUGGAGAGUGGUUGUAUGUAUGGAAGAAAGUGUGUUUGUGUCACAAGGAGAAAUUAAAUCUCAUCAGCCAGCAUUUACGAAUGCAUUAGCAUCCCAUAGACGCCAAACUCACCAAACACAUUUCAAAGACUUUGACAUUAACUCCAUUUGUCACAGACUUAAUACACUUUGAAAAAAAUGAAAUUGUUACCUGAAAGUUGAAAUCUAUUUUAACAAGGUUCUUCUUAUUGAUUGGUUAAUUUCAUCCAAAUGUGUUAUGGAAUGUUGCAGUUUUGCAUUGUAUAUAAAGUUGAAAGAAUUAAUACAGCACCUUUAUAUGUACCUACAUGGUAGUCUUCAGAUCCUAAUGCAUUAUUUGCCAUUACAUAUAGUUAUCAAUUGUUGAUAUAAUUUUGUUUGUUUGUUAUUUGUAAAUAUUUUGUUUUUGUAUGAAUAUUUCAUAAAUCAAAUUGAUAGUUACGUGUAAGUCAUUAAGCAAAUGACCUGCCUUAUAAAUGUCAUGGCACGAAGCCUACCCGUCCUGAUGUUCUGUGUAAUACAACUUCGGUACUCGUGACAGUGUGAUGUGUAAAACCACUCAGGAACUUCAUGUGUUGUUUGGUAGAUUAUCAGUGUGUCAUAAAACAAUUAAAGUAUAGACACUGACACAUGUGGGAAGGAGACACAUGGGCAGAUAACCCAAUGAUUACAUUCCAGGUCACUCAAGGAAAAUAUAAAUGAUGCAAGCAUGGAAGUUUGUAGAACGUUUGAAUGAGGUGUAACUUCGGUUUGCAUCGCGGGUCUUCCAUUCACUUUACUGAUAUUAAAGAUAACUCGCUGUUGUCGAUGUCAUACCAUUAGUCUACGACUACUAUAGCUAGUUAAAAUAUUUUAUUCUAGUUCAUUAGCUCUUUUUUUUUGUGUAUAUCUUCGCAAAAGCUUUGUCUAGCGAUAUAAACCACUGGUUCCUUAAUAUCAUUUAAAGUUGAGGUAUUGAGUUGAGAUGGAAGAGGUAUGCAAAUUGUCAUCGAUUCACAGCAACAACGCAUUUUUUUUGUAUACUCUCUCCAUUACCCAUCAAAACCAUUCUUAUUGUAGCAGAAAGUUAAAGACACAUAGUGACGGGGCUAGGAGAUGUGUGGGUGGCAGUGCCUUGUAGAAAGACACAUACAGUGUAAAGGGAUGUGUUAUGCUCGACUACCCGUACCAGUAUCUGCAAAACCAAGUUAAUUCAGCAUGUUUAUAUUUUUAAUAUUAUAUUUUUGUAUUUUUUUUUGUUAGAAAAGAAAUAUGCGUAUCCGUCCUUUUAUUUCGUCCAUUAUUUUCAAAUCAUCUUAUUAUCAUUAGGUGCAUACUUUAGUGGAGAAAAAGAAGACAAAAAUCAAAUUCUCAAUUGUAUUCCUUAAAUAUAAGGAUACAGCUUAUUGAUAUAUUUCAAUAAAACAGU